AUGAAGCUCUUACACGCCGUUUCUCGCCGGCGCACACUGUUGUGCGUCGCGGUCGUGCUGCUGUUCUUGGCUGUCGUGAUGACCUUCGUGCAUGCCCAGGAGGUGGCGGCCACUCCAACGGAUGCUGCCGACAAGCCUGGUGCUCAGCAUACUUCGGUGCCGACAGAGACUUCGGAGGAGGAGGCCCGAGCUGCCACUGCUGCUGUACAGGCGGCUGAAACUGAGGCGGCGGCCGUGAGGCAGCUUGAGGCUGAAGAGCAGGCUCGGCGCGAGGAGGAGGAGAAACUCGCAGAGCUCCACCGUCGCCAGCAGGAGGAGGAGCGUCGGCGCGAGGAGGAGGAGAAACUCGCAGAACUCCACCGUCGCCAGCAGGAGGAGGAGCGUCGGCGCGAGGAGGAGGAGAAACUCGCAGAGCUCCGCCGUCGCCAGCAGGAGGAGGAGCGUCGGCGCGAGGAGGAGGAGAAACUCGCAGAGCUCCGCCGUCGCCAGCAGGAGGAGGAGCGUCGGCGCCAGGAGGAGGAGCGUCGGCGCCAGGAGGAACAGGAGGAGCUUGAGCGUCGCGAUGAGGAGGAGAGGGCGAAGCGGAGGAUCGACUCUGUGGACAUGAUCCGUUACUCUGCCGAGGAGCUGCCGCAGGGUUGCGCGAAAAGCAUUCAGGAGUACCUCUUUCGUGUACACGAGCACCGCCAGCAUACGGCGGCUGCGGUUCGUGACGCCCGCUCGGAGCUGAAUGAGGCCCUCGUGCACGCCCCGAACAAGGUCGCAGAGCUGGAGAAGCGGCUGGCUGCGAGGCAGGACGACUUGCUGGUCUACGACAUCCAGACACUGCGCAUGUAUGGCGGGAGCGUGCCCAAGACGUGCAUUGCCGAGUCGAAGGCGUGGCUCGAUACUCAGCCAGACGUAUCUUCGAUGAGCGAAGUCAAGCAAAGGCUCGCUUACUUCUUUCGUCUCACCUUCACGCAUUGCAAGGUGCUGUAUCUGACCGCACGUGGCGUGAUGCAGUACAUGAUCGACUCCUACACCCCCGUUGUCAAGUCUUACACGAAGUCAGUGCAGUACUACUGCGACAAGGCGAGUGCCAUAUACGCUGAACUGCUGCCUGCGUCUGGUAAGCAGCUGGAUAUGCCGAUGAUGGAUCUGGCAAAGAAGAUCGCGGUUAUGGUGGGCUACGCGGCCGUGCCGGUCGGCCUCGUCGUUGCUGCCGGCAUCUUCGCUGUCGCUGUGCUUCCCCUAAUGGUGGCGGCGGUGAUCAUGUACGAGUAUGUGUACAAGGUCUGGUUGGAGCUCUUCAUUGCGUAUUACACCUACGGGGCUAAAAUGCCUGACGGCGCUGUCACCGCUGUCAAGAGCACCGUGGCCGCGGCGCGGGCAGGCGAGUGGGCUUCCAUCGGCAACAGCCUGUUAGACGCGUUACUCGACCUCGUUUCGGAUUCAGACGCCGACUUGUACAACGGAGUCGUUGCUGUUUACCUGGUCUGCAGCAUCGCGGUGGUCUGUGUGACUUUCAUUUGCUUGUGGUUCUCUUGCUGCGUCUCUGGCAUGCGCGGCAAAAAGGGAGCGAGACCGCUGCACGCGGCCUCGCGCAGUGCCAGUGACGACAGGAGCGGCAUCAAGAAGGCCCCCGCCACAGGUGGUGCGGCGGCUGCGGCGGCCAAGAAGAAGAACUAG